AUGAUCAACUUCAUCAUGGUGGAUAAGGAGGAAAAAAUUGAGAGAAUGGGCAGGCCUGCUGUGUUUCUCCUAGAACAUCACAGAGUGAGCUUUGGCAUGCUGAUGGGCCUGAGAGCUCUUAAAGUUUCCACGUUACAAGAUAACGAUGUGUUUCUCUUUGUGCCUUCCACGUGCCGUGACGGGGACUUUGACAGCUUUUCCGAUCUCACGGAAGAGUCCAAGGUCAGGUACAUCGCUCAGCGGUGGGAGGAGCUCGGACUAAAAGACGUCCAGUUGACCAAUCACACGGCUCUCCUGAGCUAUCCCGGACCAGCCCUCAGCACGAUCACCGAUAUAGGUGGAAACCAGUGUUACCUGUCCAGCGGAGCGAGGUGUGACCAGCCAUUCACAUCCACGACUGAACCGUUUGCCUUUGCAGCCUAUUCAGCUGUGGGAAAUCUAGUGGCAGAGGUGGUGGACAUACAGUACGGGAGUCCAGAUGAUUUGAGACGGGUCCAAGCCAGUGCAAAUGUGACCAAUAAAAUAGCACUGCUGAAACUUGGACAAUCACCUUUACUUUACAAGCUCUCUCUCCUGGCAGAGGUGGGAUUUGGUGGCUGUCUUCUCUAUGUAGAUCCAUGUGAUGCCCCAUUUGGGAACAAGACAUUUGGGGUAACGCUGAACCCAGGAGGGAACCCGUUUUUUCGAGAAGACACCAGUACUGCCAGAAGAGACAGUCGCCACAACCUGACAUCAUUGCUGGUUCAGCCCAUCUCUGCCUCCUUAGCGAAACUGCUGCUCUCUGCCCCCGCCAUGGGGCAGGGAAGACCCUGCGUCCCCAUGGCCAUGCCCUCAGCCUCAGCAAGAAAACUCAUAAAUCUCACCAUUGAAAACCAGGCAUCCUUCAAGACUGUGCACAAUGUUAUUGGAUAUCUCAAAGGCAAGACCAAUCCAGAUCGAUAUGUACUGGUUGGCAGUCGUCAUGGCAGCUGGUACGAGGGUGCGUUGGCGGACUGGGGGAAAGGCUCUGCAGUCAUGACUCAGAUCAUUGCCUCCAUGACGGCUCAAACCCGUGCGGGCUGGCAGCCUGACCGCACCGUCGUCUUCUGCUCCUGGGGGGGAACCUCACUGGGCAACAUCGGCUCCUUUGAGUGGGGGAGGGAGAAUGCAGUGGUUCUUCAGAGCCGGGCAGUGGCUUAUGUCAGCCUGCACAAUCCCGUCAGAGCCUCUGGAUCCCUGCAGGCCACAGCGUCACCUUCCCUUCAGCAACUGGCAGCUGAAACCCAAAAGGUACUUUAUAAAUAUUCAUUUAUAUCCACUUGGACAAGAAACUUGCAAACAGCACUUUAA